AUGGCGCCUUCUCGCGUUGAUACACUCGAGCCUUUGAGUACACCCAACCCUCUGAAGACUCAUCAAAGCGCAAAGCAAGAAACUCAUUACGGUGACUUUCGUGAUGACUUCUUCAAGAAUGGCUACACAGUGAUUAAGGGCGUUCUGAGCAAGGAGCGCGCGCGUGAAUACCAGAGCGAGGCACUCGACUGGCUGGAGUCAUUUAAUAUCGGAUUCGACCGCCAUGACAGAAGCACUUGGAAGAAAGAAAACCUGCCUCAAAGCUUCAAAGCGAACCCGGCGUUAUUGAGCCAUUUGCGAAGCUGGGGAACCGAUGAGCUGGUUGUCUCUUUCGACACCGUUAACAUCACACUCCCUCAAUCCAUCGUUGGUGAAUAUGAUUCCAAGCCUUGGCCUCACUGUGACCAGGCUCCAGAGCGCAAGGGAUUAGCUUGUGUUCAAGGCAUUGUCAAUUUGUCCGAAUCUGGGCCGAAUGACGGUGGCCUCGUCGUCAUGAAGGGAUCCGCCCCGCUCUUCGAUAAGUUCUUUGAAGAGAACCCAGUGACGGGACCCAUGCCAUGGCGAACUGCUAAGCACAAGGACUUCCAUCCAUUUUCUGACAAAGAUCUGGACUGGUACCGCGAGCACGGCUGUGAAUUGAUCAAAGUCUGCGCUGAACCGGGUGACUUGAUUUUGUGGGACUCGCGUCAGAUGCACUGGGCGCAGUUUGGAGAUUCCGACCUUAUUCGCACCAUUGUCUACGCAACAUAUACACCGGCAGCCUGGAUGUCGGAUGAAGACCGCGCAGCAAAGAAGAAGCUAUUUGAGAAUUAUGAAACUACCACCCAUUGGCCACAUACCAACCUCUACACUCAUGGCAAGGCAACAGUCAAGGUGGAUGGAGAGGAAGUACCGGACCCCUUGGAAAGGGAUGAGCCUCUGACCAAACCAGUGAGGACUGAGAGCGGGUACGGAGGGGCAAAACUCGGUCGAGCUCGGGUGUCUCCCAAUACGCGCGAGGAUAUUUCCAAUGGGACAUCUACAAUCCCUAUAUUAACGGUGCAAUCACCCGAUAUCUUCUUCAGAAGUUAUAGAGUAGCUCGACAUAACAUAUCAAAAAUGGCGAAGGAGGUCGACGCCGCGCAUCAUGAAUUUGCUAUUACAAAAGACUCGGCGCAGAAUGUCCCAACAGGAACGGUGAAGCUAGUCGAAGAUGGAGAAAUUGUCUUAAUUCCAACUCCUUCCCCUGAUCCAAGAGAUCCCCUCAACCUACCUCAAUGGCAGAAAUGGGUGAUAAGCAGCACUUUAGGAGUUUUUGCUGUGUUGAGUGUCCUCAUGACCUCUGGGAUGGGUCCCAUCAUCACUACCAUCUCGGCCUAUUACGACGGUAAUCCCAGAACGAACGAUCUAAUGACAUAUCCAACGUUGUUCAUGGGACUUGGAAACGUAAUCGCUGUACCACUCGCCGAGGCUGUGGGACGUCGCCCAGUAUUCCUAACCUCUGCUUUAAUACUGACAGUCGGGUCAAUCUGGUGCGCUGCGAGUGAUAGUCUGGCCUCGCAUAUUGCUGGACGGGAUGUGCUAUCUUUAGCCGCUGGGCAGUCGGAGGCAUUGUGUCCUCUCAUCAUUCAGGAAAUUCACUUUGUUCACGAGCGCAGUAGCAGAUUAGCAUGGUUCAGCGCUAUCCAAUCUAUAGGUAGCGCUGCCUUGACCAUUGCUACAGCCUACCUUGUUCAGAGCCUAGGGUGGAGGUGGUGGUACGGCAUAUUCGCUAUCAUUAGCGGCGUUCUGUUUCUGGUCUCCUUUGCACUGGUCCCAGAAUCUUUGUAUGAACGGCCUACCGACGCUUUCGAUGGUCAAGUCCAUGUUCAGCAUGAAGGCGAAGACCUGGCCAUUGUUCGCGCAACUACAAAGCGCAGAGUCGAGUUAGACUUCACACGGUAUCAACCGCGUACAUGGCGGCACAGCCUAAAGAUCUUCCACGGUCCCGCAAAGUGGUCGGUAGCGAUAGAAUGCUGGAAGCACAUGCUGCAGUGUAUCUUGUUCCCCAACAUCCUGUGGGUCGUCUUGAUGAACAGUGUCGUGCUCGGGAUCUAUGUGAUCAUGGUCACUGUGUUCGGAAGCAUUCUUACCGCCCCGCCAUACAACUAUCCCGCCACAGCUUUAGGCCUUGUCCAAGGAGGCCAGAUAGUCGUCUCAAUGAUCCUAGUCCCUGUUCUCGGAUACGGUGGAGACAAGUUCCACGAAUGGAUAGCAAGACGCCGCAACGGUGUGGCCGAACCCGAGUUCCGCCUGAUUCCCAUAUUACUGCCUGUCAUUGUGGCACUCAUCUCAUGUGUCAUCUUUGGUCACGCUGGUUCCGACCCCUAUCACUGGUCGCCGUGGGCGAUCACAGUCGGCUUUGAUGGGAUUUACUUCGGAUUCAUUGGUAUCAUUCUCAUUGGAUACACGUACUCGCUUGAUAGUUAUGGAGAGCGAGCAGGGCCCAUUCUGGUGCUGAUCUGCGCAAUCCGUGGCUUGAUCUCCUUUGGAAUUUCUUUUGGCGUCACUGAGUUUGUUACAGAGGUGGGUUAUAAGCAGGCAUUGAAUAUAUGUGCUAUCAUCAUGGGAGUUGUCUCGGCUUUUGGCUUCGUUGUUUUCGUCUUCGGUUCAAAGAUUCGGUUCCUUACGAUGAAGUAUGCUGUUGACAAGAAGAUGGCUGAGAUUUAA